AUGCUGCGGCCUUGUCGGUCAUUCCGGCCUGCCUUCGUGGGCCUACACCCCCUCGGGGGGCCUCGGUCUCGCGUGCCUCGGCGGUCUCCAGCCACCGCCGCGGCCACACCCUACAAGCCGCCAUCAGAGGAGAUCGCCAGUGAGGGCCUGCCAUCUGAAGUUCGACAGAGGGCGGAGACGGCCAUCCUGAAGCGGGGUGGGGCAGUCACUGUGGGCGACGUGGCAGCUGUGGCAGGGAUCAGUCUGAAGGAGGCUGAGGAUGCCUUGCGGGCCCUCGCCAGCGACUCCCUGGCCAAUCUGAAGGUGUCUGAUGAGGGCGAGAUUCUGUACAGCUUCGACCCCAACUUCAGGGACAGGAUCCGGAAUAAGUCGCUGCGCAUCCGGCUGGAAAGCACGGCCGCCGCCGUCAAGGACACCGCCUCCUACCUGGCGCGCGUGACCUUUGGAACCGCGCUUCUGGCCAGCGUGGUCACCGUGGCCCUAGCCAUCACGGUGAUCGCCUCCAGCGGGAACCAGAGCAAUGACCGGGAUCGGCGGGGCAACGGCGGCUACUACCGUGGAGGUCCGCAGUUCUACUUCAACAUCACUGACCUCCUCUGGUACUGGAACCCUCGGUACUCCCGCGCACGCCAGCCUUCGGCUGCAAAGGGGCAGGGCGGCAUGAACUUCCUGGAGGCCAUCUUCUCGUUCGUCUUCGGAGACCCUGACCCGAACAUCGCCUUUGAGGCCCAGCGUUGGGAAAAGAUUGGCCAGUACAUCCAGAGCCGGGGAGGCGUUGUGGCCGCGGAGGAGCUGGCCCCCAUGCUGGAGGGCCAGGUGGGCAACACCACCAGCAUCGCAGUGGACGAAUCAUACGUGCUCCCCGUGCUCACGCGCUUCGGCGGCUCGCCGGUAGUCGGCCAGGACGGCGAGAUCCUGUACCACUUCCCCACCCUGCAGCAGACCGCCGCGGCCCAGAGGCUGCCGGCGGUGCAGCCCGAGCUGGUCCAGGAGAGGCCCGUGCAGCUCACGCAGGCCAAUGGCGGCCAGAAGCUGGUGGCCAUCGCUCUGGGCGCCGCCAAUCUGGUGGGCGUGGUGGCCCUCGGGGGCAUGCUGGGCUCGCCCCAGGGCUACUACGCGCUGGCCCGCAACGGCCUGGGCUGGAUCCCUAACGCCAUGCCCUUCCUCCAGGCUUACGCCUUCUCCUUCUUCGCCAUCCCCGCGCUGCGAGCGCUGAGCCUGCGUGCCCGGAACGCGGGCAUCGAGGCCCGGAACCAGGCUCGCCUGGCAGCGUCCCGCCGGUUACGGGCCCCGGACCCCCAGCUGGCCACCAAACUGCGGGCCGCCCAGGUGGAGGCCCAGCAGCGCAGCUUCCAGCGCGACCGGGUGGUGUACGCCACCGACACCCCCCUGCCCACCUCCAGCCGCGACGAGCCCGACGAGACCCUCUAUGCAGGACCUUGGUUACCCAACCGGCCCACUGUAUGUGCCGUGGAGCUGUCCUUCUACUCCCAUGCAAAAUUCUGGCACCCCUCCUAA